UAGUUUGAAUGAGAGAAAGAGAGGAGUGUGCAUGCAGGAAAUCCCUAUCUAUCUAAAGGGGAAAGAGAAUGCAAAAACCUUUCAACAUGCACUGAUUAUAAUACACUUAGAAAGCAACAUAAAAGCCGGAAUGGGAAACCUUUGGUCAUCCAAAGGUUUUAGGCUACGACAUUUUGUUAUGCUCUGUUGGGCUGAUGGGCAUUGCAAGCCAAAAUAUCCGGUGAGUCAAAAGGUCCUCAUUCCCAAACUGGUGGAAAAUAUUCCUUUGAGUCUGCCACAAAAAGGGGAUUCAUGCGAGAAAAGGGAAUGAAGAGAGCGAUCCUGAGUUCCUUGACUGAUGAAGAAACCAUAACAUACCUCUCUCUUGUGCAACAGAAGGGGGCAAUGCCAGGAUCACUGAAAUCCUUGCUAACGUUGUAUAUAAUGGUGCAACUGCAUGGCACAGCCGUACUGUCUGUCACAAUCUUGCAACUGCCACACACACACACACUCAUCCGUGUGGUUUAUUUGCAGAAGCCUCGUCCAAGCCAGACUCCACCCUUCUCACCUGUUUGUCCAUUAAAGUGACGUGUCCCAGCUCGAGUUUGCAGUCUGCAGGAGCCAGAAGAACUGCUUGAAGUCCUGGAGACCGGUCACUUUCGUGCCGCUGGGUCAUUUCUCAUUUCUGGUCCAUGCUAGGUUAGAGGAAUUAAGGAUGCUGCUUGCAACUGUUCCAUCACUAGUUCUCAGAAUUCCUGACUGUUGACCAAACCAGCCGGGGCUUCUGGAAGAUGAAGUUCAAAACACCUGGAAAACCAGCGUUUGGGAACCAGUGACGUAAAGGAAGAAGUCCAGAGGAGUAAGAAGAUUGCUAGGUACAGUAUCCAGAGCUUGGUCGUUGUCUUCCGUCAAAGGACUUGGAAGCCCCUUGGUUGGUGUAGGAAGCUUCUUUGUCUGGAGAUAAACCAAGUGAGAUCUGGUCCCUUCGAUUACACCAACAAUGAAGGCCAAAAGCAAAGGGGCAAAAUGCCGGCAGGCGGCCAAGGAGGAUCCCUUGCCCCAAGAAACGACUCGGAGCAGAGAGGAACGUCUGAAAUGUUCACGGUGCAAAGAGAAAAGGAAUAAAGAGACCCAGAAGGCCACCCCCAAAUCUGCAAAAGAUCUCCCUUGGAGCAGCAAGGACAGGCGCUUGCGGAGGCUGGAGAGCAAUGAACGCGAACGCCAGCGCAUGCACAAGCUCAACAACGCCUUCCAGGCCUUGAGGGAGGUCAUCCCCCACGUCAGGGCAGAGAACAAGCUCUCCAAAAUCGAGACACUCACCUUGGCCAAGAACUAUAUUAAAUCGCUCACCUCGACGAUCCUCCGGAUGUCCAACGGGCAUCUCCCUGCUGUCGCAGGCCCCGGUUCUGGCAGCCGAUCCAAACUGUACGAACACUAUCAGCAGCAAUGCGGGGAAGACGAUGAGCCCACAGAGCAGCUUCAGAAGUACUCCACCCAGAUCCACAGUUUCAGACAAGGAAGCUGAAGGUGGCCUGGGUCUUAGAAAGUGCUCAACAGCAACAGAAUAGGACUUCUCAAGACUUUUUCCCCACCACAAGGUUUAAGGAGGCCCAGAUUUAUGCUCCUUGCCUGCUUUCAUGGAAUUGUUGCUUUGCUGAAGGAUUCCAAAGGUGGUAAAUAGAAUAUGCAAAGGCGAUAUACAUAAUGUUGUUGCAUCUCCAUAUGAACUGUGAAGUCGAAGGCUUUCAAGGCCGGCAUCCAUAGUUUUUUUGUGGGGUUUUUAGGCUAUGUGGCCAUGUUCUAGAAGAGUUUAUUCCUGACGUUUCGCCAGCAUCUGUAGCUUUGGCAUCUUCUGAGAAGCCGUUGUAAAUUUGGGGUGAAAUUGGAUCAGAUGCCUUUCAUACAAUUAGCAGGACCAUAAGCUCUUGUGUUGUGUAAAGGUUCUGGAAGGGAGGACUGUUUGGUGCAAGGCAGCCUUGUGUGUUACAUGAGCAAACAUACAGCUGUGUUAGUUUGUAGAAUCAGUAUGUAGAGAGAUCCUGUAGCACCUUUGAGACUCACUGAAAGAAAGAAGUUGGCAGCAGGAGCCUUUGUAGAUGCAUCUAAGGAAAUAGACUGAAAGCUCCUGCUGCCAACUUCUUUCAGUUAGUCUCAAAGGUGCUACAAGAUCUCUCUAUAUACUGAUUCUACAGAUUAACUCAGCUCUAUGUUUGUUCAAACAGUUAUUUUUCUGAUUUGAUGCCUGCAUCAUAUUCAUGUACCUUGGAGCUGAAUAUGUGAUAUUCAGAAAGGACCUGUAGUAUUUAUCUAAGUACAACACCUAGCAGAAUGAAGCCUGAAGGGUGCUGUCUUGUUAUAAACUGUAAAUAAUACUAGUAUUACCACCACCGAGUAUAACUUUUUUUUUUUGCAAUUGAUCAAAUAAGAGAUUCUGUUGAUAUAUAUUUAACCUCUUUGAUUAAAUGGAGGGCAUUAUUAGUUAAACUGAUUCUGAGCCAAUGUGAAGCUCUUUGGAAAGAAAGAUGCAAUAGUACUGUGAAAUACAAUAAAAUAAUUAAAAGCAAUAUU